UCGGGAGUUGCAGGGCCUGCAGUCUCGAUCGACCGAGCUUGCAUCGAUUUCGAACACUCCCUGCGGAGCUCGACGAAAGGAUUGUUCGAGGUCGAUUGCGAGCAGGAGUGACAGGAUGGAGCUCUCCGUGGAGAAGACGUCCGCAGGGCGGGAGUACAAGGUGAAGGAUAUGUCGCAGGCCGAUUUCGGUCGCAUGGAGCUCGACCUGGCCGAGGUCGAGAUGCCCGGCUUGAUGGCGUGCAGAACCGAGUUCGGCCCGUCGCAGCCAUUGAAGGGCACGAGGAUCACCGGGUCCCUGCACAUGACCAUCCAGACCGCCGUUUUGAUCGAGACCUUGACGGCUUUGGGUGCCGAGGUCAGAUGGUGCUCCUGCAAUAUCUUCUCCACUCAGGACCACGCUGCCGCCGCCAUUGCCCGUGACAGCGCUGCCGUCUUCGCCUGGAAGGGCGAGACUCUGGCCGAGUACUGGUGGUGUACCGAGAGGGCUCUGGACUGGGGUCCCGACGGAGGCCCUGACCUGAUUGUCGACGAUGGUGGUGACGCCACUUUGUUGAUCCACGAGGGUGUCAAGGCCGAGAUCGAGUUCGAGAAGGACGGUACUCUCCCCGAUCCCACCUCGACCACCAACCAGGAGUUUCAGAUUGUGCUGAGCAUUCUCCGCGACGGGCUCAAGGAGGACCCCAAGAAGUACCACAGGAUGAAGGAAAGACUCGUGGGAGUCUCUGAGGAAACCACCACCGGAGUGAAGAGGCUUUACCAAAUGCAGGAGACCGGAACCCUUUUGUUCCCUGCCAUCAACGUCAACGACUCUGUCACCAAGAGCAAGUUUGACAACCUGUACGGAUGCAGACACUCCCUGCCCGACGGUUUGAUGAGAGCCACUGAUAUUAUGAUUGCUGGAAAGUCUGCUGUCAUCUUCGGAUACGGAGAUGUCGGAAAGGGAUGUGCCUCAGCAAUGAAGGCCGCCGGUGCCAGAGUGACUGUCACCGAGAUCGAUCCCAUCUGUGCUCUCCAGGCCUGUAUGGAGGGAUUCUCAGUCCUUCCUUUGGAGGACGUUGUUGCCGAUGCUGAUAUCUUCGUCACCACCACCGGAAACAAGGACAUUAUCAUGGUUUCUGACAUGAUUAAGAUGAAGAACAACGCCAUUGUAUGCAACAUCGGUCAUUUUGACAACGAGAUCGACAUGCUCGGUCUUGAGACCUACCCAGGUGUAAAGAAGAUCACCAUUAAGCCCCAAACCGAUCGGUGGGUAUUCCCCGAGACAAAGAAGGGAAUCAUUGUUCUCGCCGAGGGAAGGUUGAUGAAUCUUGGAUGCGCUACCGGUCACCCAAGUUUCGUCAUGUCCUGCUCUUUCACCAACCAGGUUAUUGCCCAACUCGAGUUGUGGAACGAGAGGAAUUCAGGCAAGUAUGAGAAGAAGGUAUACGUGCUGCCCAAGCAUUUGGACGAGAAGGUUGCCGCCCUACAUCUGGAGAAGCUCGGAGCUAAGCUCACCAAGUUGACUGCCGAUCAAGCUGCGUACAUCAGCGUGCCAGUCGAGGGUCCAUACAAGCCAGCUCACUACCGUUAUUGAGCUCGAAAUUUUGCAGUCUGUGUAGUUGCCCCAGUCAAUCACAUUAGUCAAUUGAAUAGAUGACACCAAUGGAAGUAUUUAAUUAUCGCUCCAAUGAGUACUUUGAAUUCUAUUUGAGAUAGGGGUUGUACCAAUCAUGAGUACAUUGUUGGCCAUUGCCCAGAGUUGUACGGCCUGAUGGGCCUUUCCAUCCUUCUUUUUUUAUUCACUUCUCACUGACAAUUGCAAUGAGAAAAAUUGGUUCAGCAAAUA